AUGCGCAUGAAGUUGGAAUCAGGGGAGUUCGACGGCAAGUCCGAGGGCGUCAAACUCCGUUACAUCUUGACACGUACCGACCAGUCAGUCUUCGAGAGACUGCAGGUUCGUAUCCCUGGCACGGCCGUCACCAACAACGCCCUCGCCUUUAGAACCGCCGAUGAAUGCUUCGACCAACUCAGCGACUGGUACGGUGACCGCCACCGCGCCACACGCGCCUGGACUAAGCUCAACAACCUCAAGCAAGGUCCUAAGGAAAGCUUCGCCGACUUCUUUGCAAAGUACGAAGAAAAGAUGGCAUAUAUUCUGGACAAGCUAAGCGCCCGCUAUGGCUCAAAGCUGAACGAUGGACAUGACAUCGACAGCGUCAAGGUCCUCAUCAAACGCUGCUACGCCUUGGAUGCUGGCUUCGCACGUGUCGACUCGUACACUAAGAGCGACAACCCUCGCCGCACUGAUGCCAACCCCAACCUAGGCUCUGGCAACCGUGGCCGUGGCUCAGGCUCCGCCUCAGGCUCCGAUAAGCCCCCUAAGCCUCGUGCCAACGACAACCGUCCAGAGUCCUUCCUCAAGCUCAGCGCCGCCGAACGCCAGAAGUUCCGAGACAAGGGACAGUGCUUCGAGUGCCGCAGCACUGAGCACACGUUCGCCCGCUGCCCUGAGCGCAAGAACAAGACUUCCAACCUUGCCGCCGCCGACACUUUAGAACCCCCCGCUAACAAACCUGUCGGCGCCGCUGCGGAGUCGGAAAACGAGCUAAACGAGCAGCAGAGUACGAGGAAGAAGGGAUCAUUAGGAAAGGAGCUUCACCUUUCAAGCAUAGAUGCGGACGAGAAGGACUUGACUAGCAAGCACUUCCUCAUCCAGUGUAACAUAGCCCCUGUCAAUGACGAUAAUUCCCCUACUGUUACUCGAGCCCUCUACGACUGCGGAGCAGACGCCUGCUUCAUCAACUAA